CUGACGUAUCGUGGAAACCAACGCCUAGGUAUUCUAUGGUAACAGCUAUUAGGAGAUAAUUCCAUUUACCGUUAUUCAAUGCCCUGAUGACAAAUAUCCAACUGUCAUUGAGGGAUUUCCAGCGCUGAAGUCGUUUCUUAACUUCCUACAUUACCUCGAGACCAACCAACUCUGUAACGACUUCAUACGACGCACAAUAUGUCCCACGGAUCCGGCACUAGGCCCGUAAUGGGCGGGGCGACACAGCCUAGAUUUCCACAAACGGCAUCUUGGAACAUGUUCGAAAUUGCCAGAGUUCCAUACGAGGCAACUUUGGGUCUCCUCGCAAGAUAUAUGGCCGGAAGGGUCAAUCCUUAUACUGGAGCUGUGGUCCAAUGCAUGUCUUCUCAGUUUUGGCUGUCACGCCACGGCCGUCAGAACAUAGAGUCUGCUAUUAGUAGCCUUAAUGUCGUCGGCAGCGCCGGAGAUGUCUUGGAGUUCGGGUUUGCUAUUGAAGAUGUUAUACGCUCUUUUUCGAAGACAGAGGCUGGAGCAACUGGGUUAGCUCUGUGUGCCGCACUGAAGGAGUGCUACCAUGAUGAUAUCGCCAUCGAUGUACUUUUGGAGAUGGCAAGGCUGUGCAAAGCGAGCCCUGAAUUUAUGCCAACGAGUUCCCACUGGAAAGAUUGGCUCACUGCUUGUGCUGGAGUGCUAGCCGUCACAGACUUUCCUAGGCGAGCCGAACAUCUCAUGCAACUUCCGAACAGCAACCAACGCCUCGGGGUAUAUCAACGCUUCGAAGGCCUCCCGAAGGCACUACGCAGUUGUUCAAGCCCCCAAUCCAUUGCCAAGUGCUUGUUUGCGCUAGCAAGUAUUACGCGCAACGAACUGGAAGCGGUCACAUUUGUAGGGGGUGCGGACGCUGGUUGGCUCGCUGCUGUAGCAGAAUGGUUCUUCGAAUUAAGGGUUACAAUGGAGAAAAGCGAUGGGGAGAUGUUCUACUGCAAUCAUACUGACCCCGAUAGCGUCCAGGUCAAGAUAGUGUUCCAGGAUAAUGCUGAGCAGACAUCGACGAGCCUCCAAUGCGUCGGGCGGGCGUACAUUCUGGAAGAUGUGUCCAGGAUAUUAGACGGGAGCCUAAGCCCAAGUGCUGUGGUGGUCUCAGGUCGACUGGACUGGAAGGAAGCGCUCACGAGGACUUUCCAGUUAGACUUCGAGGAGCUAAUGAAUAUACCAAAUACCUUCGGCGAGCUUCUUGGAAGCGCAUCAAGAAUUUUCAAGGCAUUGGCAGAAGGGCAUAGUAGCUUCCCGGACCUCAUUAAACUGGCUUGCACUGGCUACUCGGACGACUCCUUCGGCCCAGGUCUGGUGGCUAGCACUCUACAAUGGUUCCCAGAGCUCAAGAAACUGAAGAAAUACAUGCAAGAAGGUGUCCGAUAUGAUCUCAAGAAGGCACGGAAGACGUAUGAAUUCUGUAUCAGCAAAAUAAGAUCGCAUUGUGGUUGCCGAACUUGCCAGUCAACUUCCACAGGGUUUGAAUUUGCGGACAAGAGGGGGUCUUCUGCAAUCCCGUCCCAUAGCGUUAGCGCGGAUGGUGAUGAAAUGCUCACCGAUUCUGGUUCGCAUCAAUCUUUGGAGACUGACCCUGAAGAUGACUGGGACCCAGAUCAGUUCUGCCAGGUUAUCAUAGCAGAGACUAUCAUUUACCUCUCCAGAGUGCUCGGCUCGGUUUUUUUGGAGAGCGAUGCGUUAUUACCGGUGCGCAGCGGCCUUGCACGAGCGUAUGGACGCCAACUGAAUCAGAGGCGGUCAGCGCAUCUGGGUCGAGGCACCAUUGAAGCCAUUGGCCAGAUAGCGUUCUGCUUGGACUUCGACAACAACUUUUCCAUCUCCAUGCAAGAGGGCUACGAAGAAGCAGUCGAGAUUCGGCUCCACUCAGUACUUGAGAUAUUUUCUGGUCAACGAGCAUUGUCAAGUAGCAUUUCACUGUCUGCAGCUUCCAACAAUCGGAUCGUUGCCUUCUUAGGAGUCCUACGGGAACCUUCAGUGGACCAAAAUGCGGUGGCCCGCAUUCACGUUGUUCCUGGACGAAUAUACCAUGAGAAAAAGAGAUAUGAAGCCCUUGUAGAUCGAGCACUGUUAAAAAGACCCGCCUCGAAUUUCGGUGAAGUGGAACAAAUCGCGCGAACUAAUCAAAGUUUCUGGCAAACGACACUGCGGGCUCGUGAAAGCUCACACGGACUUGAAUGUCUUCUUGACUUCGGAAGCCAAAAGGACUAUGACAAUUCUUCGAUCCACCAGAUCGUGAGCGUUGGCCCUUCACGGCUCGCGGUGGUACUUGCUAGCAGGAGGGGGCUCGUGUCUUGUAAGUGGGCUCGGGCUGCGUACCGCGGAAAGCCUCCAAGUGGGCCAAGCUGCAUAAGCAAAAGAAGUAAUUAUCUGCUCUCCCCAAACGAAGCGCAGGAAGCUUGGCAGAUGAAUCCACAUCACGUUGAGAUUCAAAAUAAAGCUAUUUCCAUCAUUCGUCCCACGACCAAUGACACAGCCAUCGCAAUGAUUGCUUCAGUGGCAAAUCUUGAUCCAGAGUGUUCGUUAUAUCUUGUCUCGAGCGAAUGUCUCCAAUGCUGUGUUGAAACAGCUAUACAAGUGGAUCGUCCGGAGCGGAGUAGAUUCUGUUUCAUAUAUCUUCCUUGCUAAGCUAGCAACAUGGCUAGAAGUAAACCCUUCUUUACAGCAAUAUUUUAUAGUAGCAGCGAUGAUGCGCCUUCGACGUUCUUGGGUGUUUGAUCGGUGCGACACAUGGAUACGCUAACCUUACGAUUCUGAUACGUUACAUUGAUGGUUCAUCAGCGAUCUCAUCGUCGGAAU